UGGGAGGGCGUGCCGUCGGCUAAUAAGAGGCCGCCUCGAGGGAGGAGGAGCAGCGAGCAGCUCUCCUUUUGCUGUCUGUCGGACGAGCCGGUAGGGCACAGCAUGGCCAGCUACAGCGUGGAGGAGCGCGGCUGCCCCAACAGCCUCGGCUACAGACUGUUCUUCAAAAACGAUAAGGGACAGUACAUUUCUCCGUUCCACGACAUUCCGAUACAUCCAGAUGCUCGCAAGGGAUGGCUCUCCUCGUUAUUCUCCUGGGUUCUCCACAGCUUCAGUAGCAGCCCAGAUAGGGAGUCCAGUUUAGGGCAAAAGGAUGUGUUCAACAUGGUUGUGGAAAUACCUCGAUGGACCAAUGCUAAGAUGGAGAUUGCAACCAAAGAUCCUCUAAACCCAAUUAAGCAGGAUGUGAAGAAAGGAAAACUACGUUAUGUCGCUAAUGUCUUUCCCCACAAGGGAUACAUCUGGAAUUACGGUGCUAUUCCACAGACAUGGGAAGACCCAGAGCAUAAAGAUGAAAACACUGGCUGCUGUGGAGAUAAUGAUCCAAUUGACGUUUGUGAAAUUGGAAACAAGGUGUGCAGCAGAGGAGAAAUAAUUAAAGUGAAAGUGCUGGGUGUCCUGGCAUUGAUUGAUGAGUCUGAAACAGACUGGAAGGUCAUUGCAAUCAACACUGAAGACCCUGAUGCUGCUAAAUUGAACAAUAUUAAUGAUGUCAGGACGUUGAAGCCUGGCUAUUUAGAAGCGACGGUGGACUGGUUUAGAAGAUACAAAGUACCUGACGGGAAGCCAGAAAACCAAUUUGCAUUCAAUGGAGAAUUUAAAGACAAGGACUUUUCAAUUAAGAUUAUCGGAGACACCCAUGAUUACUGGAAGGCUCUAGUAAAUAACAAAACUGGUGGAGAAAUUUGCUGCACAAAUACAACUUUGCCAGACAGCCCUUGCCAUUGUGAUCAAACAUCUGCAGGGGCUACUGUGGGAGAGGCACCUGCCUGCGGACCUGCCGAUCCAAUACCACCAGAAGUGGACAGGUGGUGCUUCUAUGAGAAGUGACCGAGGCAGAUGCUGCCGUAGUUGCUACCACAACACCAGGAAACACUUGUGCACAACUAGAUAAGAACCGGGAACUUCGAUUUCAAGAGCAGUCCUGUUUUGAAACAUGUAAAAUAGUUUGAUGAUGUAACAGAUUUUUGCAUACCUACCAGUAACGUGUGCUUGGAAUAUAUGCUCGAAAUAUAUCAAGAUCCUAGCAUCGGAGCAGUUCUUGUGUAAAACACCAGCCUGACAGUCUUCAAAAUCUACUUGCACAUCAUGGCAAAUCACUGUUGCAUAACCCAGUUGUGUGUAGAUACCCCUUUCGUUGCUUAUGAAGAAUUUUUGUUGAAGCUCA